AUGGCGGAGGCUGAGAAGCCAAAUCAAAGUGCUAGCCAGGAUCGAAAUGGUGGCAGUAGUGUUUUUAGGACAAGCAAAUCGUCUGCAUCAUUAUCCAAUCCGUUUAUUAAUCACCUUUUCAACAAUCCUAAUUUUAAAGGAUCGGGUCCUCUCAAAGAGGUGAUGACGAAGCUCUGCCAGAAUCCAGCCGACUUUGCAAUUUUGAUACCAUCAACAAUGUUUUUUGCUUUGCAUGUGAAUUCGGAUACCGGAAAGCGAUAUUCAGAGCUGUGCAAAGAUUUAGACUUUAUUCUCACCCAUAUAGUUAGGAUUGAUGUCACUAAGGAGCCAAGAAUACGAACGCACAAGGAGUUCACAACCCUUAACAACAAAACCAUUGUCAUUAAAGCGGACAUGAUUACCUCUCUCAAAAACUUCAAACACCCUGUAACAGUAACCAUUUUGAAGCAGGAGCUGAUGCAUGGGUUUGCAGACUAUAUACCGAUGGGAACAUGUUUUCACGUAAUUUACAUUUCAGAUUGUUUAGUUGGGAAUUUCAAGUUUAUGGGAAUUUCCACUAAUAUGCUAACCACCAUGAACAUAGCUGAACCGAUGGAAAGAAACGGGGAACUUGUCUCUGCGAAUAGCUUGGAGCCAGUUGAAGUACAGCCUUUUGAGGUAUUAAUAGCAGAGUACCCUGGGUUGAUGGAACUAUCAAAAAACUACAAGAAGCUAUUUCUCGAGUUUACAUUCAAAAAAUGCAAGACCCUUGAUGAUCUGGAAAAAUCGUUUAUUAUAUUAAUCAAACGGGGAUCUGCAAUGUUCAAUGCUCUUGACCCAGAUACAUUCAAGUCUUUACUAGAACGUUACACGGCAGAUGAACUGAGGGAAUCCCUCUACAAUUAUCUAGAAAUGAAUAUUUAUGACAGGUUCUGGGUUAAGUUCAAUAAACUUUCAGUGGAUAAUGAUGACAAACAGAUGGAUAUUGCUUACGAAAAACUUAAAUGGCUAAGCAUAACUGAAAUAGGAUUACCAGAUAAAGUGGUGGGAGAUCCCGUUGUUCUUCCGCUGUAUAUCAAGCGAAUUAUUGCAGCUAUUACCGAGUUUAAAAGGCUCAGUUUUGCCAACACAUCUUCAUUGAAAUGCUCGAUAAUAAUGAAAACAGUUGAGAUCCUAUCUGCAAAUAGCACAAUUGAUGCAGAUACAUUAAUGCUCUUACUUAUUUUUGUUAUUUGUUUAUCUAAGGUUUCGCAUUUGAACAACCAUUUGAAGUAUAUUCGAAAGUAUACGUAUUCAGAAACAAACACAGAAAAGGGCAUUUUAGGAUAUGCACUUUCUUCACUGGAGAUAGCAGUGAAAUAUUUCCAUUCUGGUAAUCAAUUACAGGAGCUUAUCUCCAAAUCGCUACACAAUGAAGUACUUUGGAGAUUGAUAGGUGCAGUUUCAAGCGAUUUUUCUGUCAACAGUAACAAGCAAGACGAUGAAAAGACAUUCCAAGAAAUUGAGGGAUUGUUGAAACCGCUAAAUAAACCUGAUUUAGAUAUUCCGUUGGAUAGCUUUGUGAAAAGCCGUUCCUUAGAGGGUGAUUCAUGUCUGAUGUUUGCAUUGAAGCAAAAUAAUAAAGAGCUGAUGAAUGUUUUACUUCAGUUUGAAUAUAUAUUCACAUUGGAUGAUAUACUUGAGGAUCAGAACAUAAAUGGGUCGAAUCUUUUGGCCACUGCACUAACUGUUGAACACCCAUUCACUUCCACACUUGCACAAAUUAUAAAGCAGGCAACUCCUGACGAGAUAGAGAAGUACGUCAACGCCCAGGACAGCAAUAACAGAACUAUUGGGCAUUUGCUGUACAAUUCGUACUCUUUACUUUAUGAUUUUGGCAUGUAUGUCGACUGGACGAAAAGGGACUGUUUUGGAAAUACCCCAUUGAUGGUUUAUGCUCGAUGUUAUGACCAUCCUAAUUAUGAUGAUAUGAUGACUAUGACUCUCUCGAUUGUGAAACAAUGGUAUCACAAGAGAGGAAGAGUGUUGAGUUAUAAAGACCAUUUGGACAACAAGGGAAAUACAUUGAUGCACACUAUCAAGGAUUCUACAACACUCGAAUUGUUUUUGAAAUCGUUUGAUGAGUUAGAGUUGAACUAUUUGAAUGAUGCAAAUCAAAGUGCUGUAUCGCUGGCUGUCAGGUACAAUCGUAUUGAUAAUGUGGAAAUUAUGAUAAAGGACCCCAGAUUUUGUUUGAGCGUUGUGGAUCCCGUGAUGUAUAUGAGCCCACUAGACUACGUGAAGCUGGAACGUUGGGAGGAGGAUAUCAAUAGAAAUAUUGCCAAAAUGUUAGAGAUUCAAUUUAUAUGGACGGAAUAUGGUGAAAAUUUAGAUAUUGCUUGUGUUAGAGCACGCUUUGAACCGGAGAAUGGUCUCUGUUGCUAUUUCAGAGUUGUUAACAACCUAGGGAAAAGUGACCUAAUAUUAGUACCGUUUUCAUCUGUUGUUAAAGCUUUCAAGUUAAUGAAGAAGGAGACUCCGUGCAUACCAUUCAACUUCAACUCGCCGGACAUUUGGUUUCCAAAGCAUUUAUACGUCAGCAUGAAGGGCAAUAUUAGCUCGUCAAAUAAGAUUAAAAUUAACGCAUUAAUAAACAAUAUCAACUUAAUGAUUCAAGCAUUGAAUAUGAAUGGAACUUUAGAACACACAGCUACACUUCAAAAUUAUUUAUUGGCCCCUCAAGAGCCUUGUAAGAUAGAAGUUCAAACACUGGUUGAAAGAAAUGCAAUCAAGGCAAUCUAUUCCAAAAAUUUCUCCCAUAGGAAAAGCAUACUGCUAGAUCAAUUGAAGUUCAAAAGAAUGAUCAUAAAAGGAGAAGAUAUAAUUGCUUAUGAUGCGUUUUUGGAAUAUAGUGUUUCAGAGCUUGAGAGGUUUUCCAAAGUAUAUUAUAGGUUUUAUCGUUCGUUUGCGCUAAGCAAUGAAGAGGCCAAAGAUUUGGACAAACUACGUACAGAUAUGCCAUGGAUAGUUGAUGAAAGUUUAAGGUUUAGAGAAUGCAGAAUCGAAGAUGCAAGUGAUAUUUUUUUGGACAAGAUAAGACUCUUAUAUGCUAGUGUAGAUGAGCUAGUUAAGGUUGCUGGUGAAAUGCGCUCGAGCAAAUUGAGAAGGUGGAGAAAGCUGGUUAGUGAUCUGAAAAGUAUACGGAGCGAACUUGAUAGGAUCGCUGGUAGUGGAGUUGAUGGAUCUUCGUCGCCAGUUUCAUUAGCCGAGCCGGCUGUUUCGGCUGGAACAGUGAAGAACAACCGCCAAAAUAUCUUGGCCAAAGUUUUCAAACAGAUCGACAUUUUGACUGGAGUGUCGGACGAUGAGACUAUUGUUGAGGAAUUCAGAAAAGACAUUAUCAAGUCGAUGUUUAGAGGCAAAAGCUAUAGCGCAGUUGAGAACACUGAUGAAAUGGAUUUCUCUACCAAGGAAGGCAUUGAUAAAACUUUGGAAGAACUCAUUGACUUGAAAGACACUGGGAUUGGAUCUUGGUUUGUUGAGAAACGUCGGGUUUCAUAUGUUGGCAGGUUGCUUGAAACCUUUCUUAAAUUCAGGAUUGAACUUGUUGAAUUAGACCUAGAUUUGAGAAAACAUUAUGAGAGCUUGGCGAUGUUGGUGAGUAAGUUCUAUCAGUUCCGGAUCUCAAUUUUCAAGAAUGCGUACGGAAACUAUGCCAAGGGUAAAAUUGGAGAGCUUAAGAGAGAAGUCAAGUCCUGGGAAUUGGGUUUAUGGGAAUAUAAAAAUAAAGCAAGAAAAUAG